AUGACAACAGAGCUCACAAGUAAACAGAGGGCGCGCGAGAAUGAUCGCGCAAAGAGGACGAAAGAUGGGGUCACUCAACUACCGCGCAAAAAGUUCUAUCGCCAAAGAGCGCACGCAAAUCCUUUCUCCGAUCAUAUGCUAGAAUAUCCUAAAUCCCCAGACGAUAUGGACUGGUCCUCAUAUUUUCCACACUACGUCCAGGAGGGAACACCAGAGGAUCCCUCAAAGCCUCCUAAACUGACAAAAGAUGUGGAAAUCGUCGAUAUUGGCUGUGGUUUUGGAGGUCUUCUCGUUGCUCUAGCACCCAAGCUACCUGACACUCUCACACUCGGCCUGGAAAUCCGAACACAAGUAGCAGGCUACGUUCAGGAACGUAUAAAAGCAUUGCGAUCACAAAACUCGGACAACAUGUAUCAGAACGUGGGCUGCAUCCGAGCCAACACUAUGAAGUUCCUCCCCAAUUUCUUCAAAAAGGCUCAACUAUCCAAGAUCUUCAUUUGCUUUCCCGAUCCUCACUUCAAGGCCAGGAAGCACAAAGCCAGAAUUGUAUCGACGACACUGAACUCUGAAUACGCUUAUGCGCUACGACCAGGUGGCAUUGUGUAUACCAUCACCGAUGUCGAGGACUUGCACUUGUGGAUGGUUCAGCAUCUUGAGGCUCACCCUGCUUUCGAGAGGAUAUCGAAAGAGGAAGAAGAGGCGGAUGAAUGUGUCCAGGUCAUGUCGACCGAGACUGAGGAGACGUUGAGCUCCAAUCUUGCCAAUGAACCUGUGCUAUUCUGCUGCACCAGCACCAGCACUACCAACUUCACCACUUACAUCCAAUCCAUCUUCGUUCAAGAAUGUGGCUCUGAGGUCAACAUCCUGGUGAUGGCCCUCAAGCGUAGAGAUGCCAUUGUUGCUGGACUUGCCGCCUUCAUAGCCUGGGGCUUCGCUGCGAGCUGGUCACCUGUCCUCCGCUGGGCAGGCCAUGCCUUUGUUGCUGGCUCCCUUAUUACUCUCGUCGCCCUCUUAGCCGGUCUCUUUCUUGUGUCACGACGGCCAAGCGAUCGAAUACUACAACCACAUGGCGUUACUUUCCUCGACAAGAAGUCAUGGCGAUUAGAGGUGCAGGCACUGCGCCAGCGACAAUCAUAUACUCCAACUCCAAUAGACCCCGAAUCACCCCGCGUUUCCGAAGCCAUCGACAACUUGCUUGGCCUUAUAACCCGGGACUUUGUGAAUAGCUGGUACUCAAAUAUUAGUCGCAACCCGUCUUUUUCGAACCAGGUCGAUCAGGCGGUGCGGCAGGCGUUGUUGAGCUUGACUGAUUUCCUUCGUCAUAAGGACCUGGCGGAGCUCGUCACUAGCCGUCUUGUUCCUCUCCUCACCGCCCACUUUCGAGACUUCUACGAAGCAGAGAAGUCAGUGCGAGGAAAGAAACUCAACCGUUCUGUCACUGAAUCUGAAGAGCUGGACCUAGCUAUUGCUUCAAAAUUUCGUGAUGGGCGCCUACAUCCAGCUGCUUCUUUGUCGUUUCCCGACACAAAGAUGGUCCAGCAGGACUACCUCAGGUCUCUUGUCGCAAAGAUUGUACCCAAAGUAUUACCUGAGAACAUGUUGUCCAGUCGAGCUGUAUCGAUUAUUAUUCGCGAGAUCGUUGCGUGCGCCGUUCUGUUCCCUGUGAUCCAACUUCUCUCAGAACCAGACACUUGGAAUCAGCUGAUGGAGAAUCUGGGCCGCUCAAUGCUUCAGGAUCGAUCAACCGUUCGGAAGCUCCGAGCAGCUUUGGACCAGCAUGCUCCUUCGACACCCAAAGCCAGCAAAUUAGCUUCCAUGCCUAGAGUUGCUCCUGGAGACAGUGAGCGCAAGUUCGAGAAGUUUAUCCGUGCUAUUCGCAAGGUCAAUAAUCUAUCAGAUGCCCGUCGUUUUCGUAGCGAAGUCGCUAGUCAACUGAAGAGGGAUUCUCUUGAAGACAAUCAAGACCAAGUUUACCUUCGUCGAUUGGAGAUGGGAAAGAGGCUGCUAGACCAACGGGUUAAUCAUCUUGCUGCUGGUGGCGAACGUCGUCCACUUGGUCCUUUACCUUUACCGUCGACUUCUUUUUCACAGUCCAAGCUAGAGAGUGCGCCACUAGUAGAUAUUCUGCGAGAUUCUUCAGCGCUUUCUUACUUUAUGGAAUAUAUGGAUCGACAAAAUCUCAUGUCUUUAGUGCAGUUCUGGCUUGUCGUUGACGGAUUUCGAAACCCUCUAGAAGAUGAUGGCCCAGAUGACGAACUGCCAUCAACCCUACCAAUGUGGACAGAUGCCGACCGCCAGGAUUUACAACAGAUUAACCAGGCCUAUCUUUCGAGGCCAGAGUUGAAGGUCCCGGAUCAUUCGAAGAAUGAAGUCAAGGACUUCAUCAAGGCAGGAAAGUCAGCCACCCCCUUACAAUACUAUAGAGCGCGGCGCGCUAUCUUGAAGGCCCAGAGCGCCGUCCUUGAGGAAAUGCGGUCACGCUUCUUUCAGAGUUUCAAGAAGUCGGAUCUAUUUUACAAAUGUCUUGCAGCUGAAGAAACAUCCAAUAUCCAAACUCUCAGAUCGACACUACAGCCAGAAGUACAAGCACAGGCAUCGGUAACCAACCGAGCGAGCAAGACUUUGCCAGCAAAGCCAAGGCCAGUAUCGCGACUAACGCCGCAAUUAUCUAAUGCUGGGAAACGUACUGGAUCCGCAUCGGAUCUCAAAUCUUUGACAUCCAAUGGUAAUGGGCAUGGACAUCGAGCUAGGCGCUCGUUAGACGAAGGCUCUCUCAAUCCUCUAUUCGAUGACGAUGACAUCGAUACUGAUGAACUGGGAGAUUCUGUCCAGAGUCUAGAUCCAGAAGCGAACAGCCAGCAACUACCAGAUACCCAAGUUGUUAAGGCGGUCGAACAGGCCUUUACCGAUAUCAUGGAGGAUGAUCGUCCUCAAACUGCUGAAGCUCUCCGUGCCUCCCUUUUCGGCGGCCCUGGCGGCAGCAGUAUUGGAGGCAUUGAUGAUAAUGCAUCAAGUCUCUUCUCAGGCAAUGAUAACGAAUCUCAUCGUGGCUCUCUGGAUAUGGGUAUUCGACCUGCUAUGGCGAAUAAGGAAGGCGAGAAACCAAGCCUUUCGUCGCUUGGCCUCGUCAGUGCGGCUUCACGAAUCGGUGUUUUCGUGGACGACGAUCUGUUUGGCGAUAACAACAAAGAUCUCCCUGACGACGGUGAUCCAGAUGACGGGCCACCGCCUGACGACGAGGAUGAAGUGCAUGAAGCAGCACCAGGAGACCUGGGAUUGGCAGAAGCUAUCACUGCUCUCUCAAACGACAUCGAUCGCUUGGUGGCGCAGGAAGCGGUUGUGGAAUCGUUGACGCGAAAGGCAGAGUUGACAAACAAUACUGCCGAGCUGCGCAUUCUUAGGAAGUCCAAAGCGUCUCUACACAGGGAGAUCAGGCGCAAGGAGCUCCAACGGCAGCAGUACGUGAUACAGGAGAGCGACAACAGUCUCUACGGCCGUUCAACCAUCAAAAUUAAGUCUAUCCAAGUGGGAAGAGAAGAGGAUGGCCGAGAGUUUGCACUCUACGUUAUUGAAGUCCAGAGAAAUGCUGGAGAGCAGAUGCCUGCAGCUUCAUGGGUAAUUUCGCGGCGAUACAGCGAGUUCCACGAGCUUCACCAAAAGCUGCGGUCCCGAUACCCUUCAGUUCGAAACCUUGACUUUCCUCGACGGCGAAUGGUGAUGAAAUUUCAGAGCGAGUUUCUACGCAAACGACGGACUGCCCUGGAGCAGUAUCUACAAGACCUACUUCUUUUACCAGAAGUUUGCCGCAGCCGAGAACUCAGAGCCUUCCUUUCACAGAGCGUCAUUACCCAAGGCCAGGAUAUGUUGGAUCGUGAAGACAAGAAAGACAUGAUGACUCGGUUGUACGACUCUGUUGCGGAUGGAAUGGAUGACAUCCUUGGAAAUAUUCCUGUAUUGGACCAGAUAUCUGAAGCUGGCCAGAGCCUCAUUGCAGCGGCUACUAACCAGCUCAACGCAGUUCCUCUCAAUGUUAACGAAGAUACGUUCCCGGCCGCGGAAGCUGAGGCAGAGUUGAAUGCAUUUGAGAAUAAGGAACUUGAGCCGUUCAUCAAACCGAUAUGCGACAUCUUUCUUGAGAUUUUUGAGCUCAACAAGGGAAACAAUUGGCUUCGUGGGAGAGCGGUAGUAGUUGUUCUGCAACAACUUCUUGGUGGGACGAUUGAAAGAAAAGUUCGAGACAAUGUCAAGAUGUUUGUUCAAGACGAAAACAUUCUCAAAUACAUUGGGUUGGUGCAAGAUAGUCUCUGGCCCGGAGGCCAGUUACAACGAGAUCGCAAACCGCGAACAGCUGCCGAAAAGAAAAAGACACGGACCGAGGCGAGCUUGAUGCUGGCCACAUUGGUGCCAGAUCUUGCAGGUAGUGUUGUUGGAAGAGUCAACGCUCAGACAGCCAGCCGUCGUAUAUUUGCGACGUUGAACAACUCGAGGUUGAAUGCACACCUCGUAUUUACUAUGAUUGAUGAAAUUGUCUCUGUCCUUUUCGAUGAACGGUAG